GUGCCAGAUGCUCCCCAAAACACCUUCCCGUGACAAAAAACCUUUCCGUGGCAAAAUUACUCCCCCUCCUCUCGUCCGACUGCGGCAGCGGGCACCGACUCCGACCUUCGCCGCCGCCGCCUUGCCCGUCUCUUCAUCGGAGCCGGCCUCCCGGAAUAGGUAGAUUGAUUCGCGCGUGCUAGAUCCAGGCCACGUCGUCAUCAAGAGGCUGACUGUCUCUCGACUAGUAGGGUUUGAAAGGGCAGAGCAGCAGGGGCAGAUUCGGCAAUGGAAAACCACCACGACUCCCUCGCCGACGGGCGGUGCGUCGACGGCCCGGCCUUGUGGACCGAAAUUCGCCACCGGCUGUCCCGGGAUUCCAUACUGAGGCACGAGGAGGCGCGGACGCGAGCCGCGGAGGCCAAGGCCGCCCUAAACGGGGAUCACUGGGAGUGGGACGACGACGGUGCAUAUGCCGUCAUCGAUCCGGCCUCCUUGAAGGCCAUGGUGGCCAUGGAGACGCCGAAGGUGGGCGAGACGAGGGAGCAGGGCUGCGCGGUGUGCCUCGAGGGUUUCGUGGCCGGCGGCAAGAAGCUGAGGACGAUGCCCUGUUCCCACUCCUUCCACCAGAGAUGCAUCUUCGACUUGCUCCUCCGUAGCCGAUUCUGCCCGGUCUGCCGUUCCGAGAUGCCCCCUAGGUCCGCCGACGUGUCGGAGCCGGAGCCGGUGGCUUAGAAAGCCGCUACUACAUCUGAACAAGUUGGCAGCAACUGAACUGAAGAAUGUCCAUCGAUUGAGAAUGCAGAAUGAUCGGGACAAAGACAAUCUCCUGGUUGGUGCGGCGAGUCUGCGGCAGAUUUCUGUGAGAGCUCACGAGGCUGCGCAGGCGACUUCUGUGCAUGGCCAGUUGUGUAUCGAUGAAGCUGAAGCUGAAGUUCACAGAUCUGGGGACAACGACGAGAUGCUGGAGUGACUGCAUUGCUGGUGGUCACCUUGUUGACAUGCUGUUGCAGCAAUGAUAAUUAGUUUUUCACAGCCACUGUCCGUUGGGCUGUAGUUAUCUCCCCUUUUGUGUCUGUCCUGGAGUCUUGGCGUCGCAUGUUUCUUAGUCAUUUUGAGCUCGUUCUGCCUUUAUGUUCUGUUACAACCCCGCUAGCAAUUCUGAGAGGCGUAUGGGGCAAAAUAAUAAUAAUCUGAAUACCUAGAUGCCACUGCAAAUCUUUGAGGUGUGCAGGUUAUGAUUGAAAGUCUUUGUUUCUUUUUCU